AGAACAACACGUGAUGCAACCAAAUGAGCUGAACACACUAAUAAAAUCAGUGCUCAUGAAGCUAGGCAUCCUGUCUGAGCGGGAUGAUCAGCUCACCGUGCUCAGGUCUGAUGUCUCCAGGUUGCAGCUAGAGGCGGAAGAUGGGACGGUAGUCAGGAUGGAACUAGUUGAAGAGGAAGAUGAGUUGGACACAGAUUCAAAACAGGAUUAUCUAAUAGAAGUAUCUGAAGCUCCUGACCCUGAGCCUCCGGCAGUGAAGACAGGUUUCCAGCGGCAGGCCAAGCUCAUCGAACCCACACCUAGCAUUGUUGAAGCGAAGAGAAAGACUGGCAAGGUCCACACGAAUAUCGGCGCGAUGGGGUGUGGGACCUGCGGGCGCGUGCUGGCGUCCCGCUCGGCGCUGCUCCGCCACGCGCGCACGCACUCGGGCGAGCGGCCCUUCGCCUGUCCGCGCUGCCGCCGCUGCUUCGCGCAGAAGGAGGUCAUGCACCGUCACAUGCUGGUCCAUGAAGCGGUGCGUCCACACAAGUGCUCGACUUGCAACAAGAGCUUCACACAGCGCAACGCUUUACAUCUACACGAGCGCUCGCACCUCCCGCCACACGAGAGGGCGCUAGCGCUGCACAGCUGUCCCCACUGUCCCAAGUUAUUUCUAUACUCUUCAGGUCUAUCCCGUCACAUGAUGACCCACUCAGGCCGCGUGUACGUGUGCGGCGCGUGCCGGCGGCAGUUCGCCGACAAGAGCUCCGUGCUGCGCCACCACCGCGCGCGCCACGCGCACCUGGCCGAGCCCGGCCAACCCGACUGCGUAGACAACGAGGACGCGACGAACGAAGAGAAUACGUAGCCAGAGUAGUACAAUUGAGACAGGUUUGUGUAUUAGGACUAUUAGGAAACCCGACGACGACGGAAGAAACCCGACGGUAUAGAAACAGAACUCAGUGGAGAUGAAAAGUGAAAAUACUUGCCGACAACAAUUCUGUGCUGCGCCACCACUGGGCGCGCCACGCGCACGUGGCCGAGCCCGGCCAACCCGAGUGCGUAGACGAGGACGCGACGAACGAAGAGAAUACAUAGCUAGAGUAGUAACGAAUGUGUUGUGACAGGUAGAAAGAGUUAGUUAAGAAACCCGACGGUGUAGAAACUUAGAACUCUGUGGAAAUGAAAAGGGGAAAUACUUGACGGGUAGAGUUCCGUGCUCCGUCAACACAGACCGCGCCACGCGCACCUGGCCGCGCCCGACCAACCCGACUGCGUACACAACGAGGACGCGACUAACGAAGAGAAUACAUAACCAGAGUAGUACAGUUGUGACAGGUUUGUUUAUUACGACUAUUAGGAAACCCGACGACGACGGUAUAGAAACUGUAAAGAGUAAACGCGCUCAUUGAAGACUAAAAUACAUGUAGUAACCCGACCAACCCGAGUGCGUAGACAAUGAGGACGCGACUAACGAAGAGAAUACGCAAGUAGAGUAGUAACGGAUAUGUUGUGACAGGUAGGUUUAAGAAACCCGAUGGUGUAGAAAUUUAUUACACGCCCACUGAAGAUGGAAAAUACAUAGUGGGAAUAAUUAUUUUGUAAGAAACCCGACGGUAUAGAAACAGAACUCAGUGGAGAUGAAAAGUGAAAAUACUUGCCGACAAGAGGUCUGCGCCACCACCGGGCGCGCACGUGGCCGAGCCCGACCAACCCGAGUGCGUAGACAAUGAGGACGCGACUAACGAAGAGAAUACAUAACCAGAGUAGUACAAUUGUGACAGGUUUGUGUAUUAGGACUAUUGGGAAACCCGACGACGACGGUAUAGAAACUGUAAACGCGCUCAUUGAAGACUAAAAUACAUGUAAUAACCCGACGAACCCGAGUGCGUAGACAAUGAGGACGCGACUAAUGAAGAGAAUACAUAACCAGAGUAGUACAAUUGUGACAGGUUUGUGUAUUAGGACUAUUAGGAAACCCGACGACGACGGUAUAGAAACUGUAAACGCGCUCAUUGAAGACUAAAAUACAUGUAGUACUACGAGGACGCGAGUAACCAAGAGAAUACAUAGCUAGAGUAGUAACGAAUGUGUUGUGACAGGUAGGUUUAAGAAACCCGAUGGUGUAGAAAUUUAUUACACGCCCACUGAAGAUGGAAAUACGUAGUGGGAAUAAUUAUUUUGUGAGAAACCCGAUGGUAUAAAAACUUAGAACUCUGUGGAAAUGAAAAGGGGAAAUACUUGACGGGUAGAGUUCCGUGCUCCGUCAACACAGGGCGCGCCACACAUAUUUUGAGGAACCCGAUGAACCCGAGUGCGUAGAAAAUGAGAACGCGCCGAAUGAAGAGAAUACAUAGCUAGAGUAGUAACAAAUAUGUUGUGACAGGUAGGUUUAAGAAACCCGACGGUGUAGAAAUUGAAAACACGCCCAAUGAGGACGAAAAAUAGAGAGCGUAGUGAGUGUUCUUAGUGCUCAAAGAGCCCACGCGUAUCAGGAAGAACCCGAUAAACCCGAGUGCGUAGACACCGAGAACGCGACUAAUGAAGAGAAUACAUAGCUAGAGUAGGUAAAUUGUGAGAGGUAUGUGUAUAAAGCCGGUAACAGCGACGGUAUAGAAACUGAAAACGGGCCCAAUGAAGACUAAAUACAUGUAACCCGACGAACCCGACUGCGUAGAAAAUGAGAACGAGCCAAAUGAAGAGAAUACAUAGCUAGAGUAGUAACGAAUAUGUUGUGACAGGUAGGUUUAAGAAACUCGAUGGUGUCGAAACUGAAAACGUGCCCAAUGAAAACUCAGAUACACGGCGGCGCGUGUGUGAAAGGUGAAUGUAAUGAAAUGGAAAGUUUAAAGUGGCGUAAGAAGCGUAUGCGAAGGCUAAAGCGUAAACGCAGGAAGAUGCGUGCGAGGUCCAAAUAA